UUCUCAAAAUGUUUGUAAAUUAUAUUGUUGAAGAAAAUAUCGUUAAGCCAAAGAAGAAAGUGUUUGUGGAGAAAGUAACUCUAUCACAGUUAUCAGAGGAUGUACCAUCAAUUAGUGAAUUUUAUGCUGAUCAAAACAUUUUGAUAACUGGCGGUACUGGUUUUAUGGGAAAAGUUUUAAUUGAGAAAUUACUUCGUUCAUGUCCAAAAAUUAAAGGAAUUUAUUUAAUAAUGCGUUCGUUAUUUGACAGAUUAAAAGUUGAAUAUCCAGAAUCAUUAUCAAAAGUAAAAAUAAUUAAAGGAGAUAUCAGUGAACUAGAAUAUGGUUUAUCUGAUUCUGAUUUGGAAUUUAUAAUAAAUGAAAUAAAUAUUGUAUUCCAUGUGGCAGCAUCUGUUCGUUUCGAUGAUUCUUUGAAGGAUGCCAUUUUAAUUAAUACACGAGGAACUAGAGAAAUGUUAAGGAUACUUAAACAAAUGCAACAUUUAAAGGUUUUCCUGUAUACGUCAACCACUUAUUGUAAUAUCGAUAAAGACGUGGACGCAAUCGAAGAAAAGGUUUAUGAGGCGGCAACGAAUUGGAAAACUAUGAUUAAAGCGGCUGAAAAUAUGGAUGAAAAUGUGCUCAAUUUUCUUGAACAAAAAAUUUUAAAUAAGUUUCCGAAUACGUAUACAUUUUCAAAAAAUCUUGCUGAAGAACUUCUCUCUGAAAGUUGUCAAGAUAUACCAAAAGUUAUAUUUCGUCCUACAGUCGUGAUUGUUUCGGAGAAGGAACCAAUGCCUGGCUGGGUUGAUAACUACAAUGGACCAAUGGGUCUAAUUAGUGGAGUUCAGACUGGCGUACUACAUACAAUUUUCGUAGACGGUAAUGCUAAGUUAGAUUGGGUGCCUGUUGACAGAGCUAUAAAUGGAAUGAUAGCAUCAGCAUGGUACAAGGCUUUAGAACAAACUGAUCGUAAUCAAUGCUUAGUAAUUAACUCAUCAACCAGUGAUUUUAUAAAUUUUAAUAAUAGCGUAUUAUUUGAUCUUGGUGUGACUAAAAUAAUAAAAAAUCCACCGAAUCAACUAUUAUGGUAUCCAUUUUGUUUCCCUACUUCGAAUAAAUAUUUAUAUUGGUUUUAUUUUGUAACACUGCACCUAAUUCCAGCAAUAUUUUUAAGUGUUUUAUUGAAAAUAAGUAAUCAGAGAUUAAAUUUAUUUAAAUUAUAUCGCCAAGUAUUUUAUGCAAAUAUGAAGCUUGCACCGUUCACGCUAAAUGAGUGGACAUUUAAAAAUGAUAAUUUUAAAUCGUUGCAAGCAUUAUUGAAACCAGAAGAUAUGGAUAAGUUCUCGGUAGAUUAUUCUGGGUUAACAAUUCCGAAACUAUUUGAAACUCAAAUAGAGGGGACAAAACGGUAUCUAUUAAAAGAAAAUAACUUUUCAGAAAAAGCAUUUCAUAAACGAAUGGUUAAUUUAAAAAAGUAA